AUGAUAAAAAGUGAGAACAUCAACAAUGCAAAGGCUACGUUCACAAGACACAGCCCCGACACAAACCAGCCCCAACAGCAGGACACCCAGAAGGCACCGAACCAAAACCUGGAGAUGACACAAGAGCCUCAAAGAGGGAUGGGACAUACUCUACGAUUCGAUGAUGUGCUAUAUUCUCCCUUUUCACUGGCUGAUUUGAUGCGAAGGCGAGACACAGAAAUACCAGAUGAAAUCAUUCUAGCUGCUCUAAACAUAAAGAAGUCUAGUUUUGACAAUCCACUACAGCAAUACAUAGGGUAUUUCACACUGGCAGAAAUUGCCUUUAGCCUGAACAACUACAACUGCAGUAUCGGCUGUUUUCAAACAAGCAGUGCAAGAUGGACUCUCAGAUCGAGUGCGAAAAAGGUUGAACAGAAGUCGAAAGAGUCUGAAAAAGAAAUUGAUUUGGAGACGAACAAACUCCGAAAAGAGGAAGAAAGAUGCCAAAUAACUAAUUCUCAUAAAGAAAGUGUUUUACAUAAUGACAAGUAUGCAGAAGAAAAUGAAGAAGCGUUAAAAAUAGAAUCUGAAGAUGAAGAUAAGGAAAUAUGGACUAAUAUACUCGGAAAUCAAACUGCAGACAAUACAGUGAAAACAAACGAGACAGAAAAUUUGCAUAGAUAUUUAUUCCCUGAUGAAAAUGAGAGCGCAUUGAAUCAAACUGAACACAACAAUGCCAAUGCAGUGUAUAGUGUGGAUUUUCCCGGUGAGUUAUAUGAAUACAAAUCAACUGAUGAAGGGGAUCGCAAAUUCUUAAACAAAAUACUUGCACCGCAAACUCUUUGGCUUAAGAAAGGGGCACCUGUCAUGUUGCUACGUAAUCUUUCUGACAAGUUAGUGAAUGGUCUACGGGGAACAGUCGUUGAUAUCACUGAAAGUGGUCCAGUUGUGGAAUUCCCAUCAUUGAAUAUGAAAAUGCCAAUGGAGAAAAUCACAUUUUCAGUUUUCAGUCCUCCCAUGAAUACUGAUGUUGCUGUUAGAGUUCAGUAUCCAAUCAAGCUCAGUUUUGCCAUGAGUAUACACAAAUCACAGGGCCUAACACUUGACUGUCUGGAAGUUGAUUGUCGUCACAUAUUUAAGCCAGGACAACUUGGCGUUGCACUUGGAAGAGCUCGAGAAACCAGGGGCUUAAGAGUUAUCCACUUCAACCCUCAACUAAGUGUAAUUCAACAACCACAAGUUGUAAGACAGUUCCUGAGUGAGUCCUCUAUGGAACCAGUGGAAGACAUUAGUUGUUGCAGAUCAAAUAUAAAUAGAGAGCAACAGUUGACAGACACAGAUCUCGCACUAUUUACUGUAGAGGAUUUAAUGGCCUUAGAUUCUAUGCAGGCUGACACGGAGUUAUAUGAUCAGCAACCAACCAUAGAAGAAUUUGACAGUGAAUUUGAUGAAAUUAUUUCAUUAAUAACAGAAUUACAAAAUGAGUCAGUCAAUCUUCCUACUGAUUUAAAUAUGGAAACAAUUCUGAAUAAUAUUGAAUGUAAAACUGUGAAAACACCAAUGCAGUACAAUAGUAACAAGAUACUGAAAGAGAUAGACCAACAUAAAUACAUCCAGUUCUGCAAGAAUGAAUAUUGUAAAUUGUCAUCUUUCAUUGAAGAUUUAAAGAUUAACCCGGCAGAACCUGUGUCAGCAAAAAAUCUCUCUGAAUUUUACAGCAAAGUACAUAAUUACCAAAUCAGUGCUGAAUUCAGAAUGAACUGUUUAAUGCUUUUUGAAAACACAAGCUUUGGUGAAGAUCAUCUGCAUAUCUGUUUCAAUAUUUCAAAUGAAAUAAGAAAGUAUUUGUUGAAGAAGAAGGCUGAACUAUUUACUGUCAGUCAGAGAACUAUAUCAAGGAGAGCAGUGUCAAAUGCAUCACAUGCACGUGUACGCUAUGUAGGUGGUUACUGUAUUGCAAAAAUAAGACAUAAAUAUAUACAGAAGAAAAGAAGCCAUAUGUAUAAGACAGAUGCAUCUGGUCAAGCAUUGUUUGAAGAAUCUGUGCUAGCUGUCAGUAUUCUAGAUGGGUUAAAGCUAGAUGAACAUCAUGUUAUAUCCACCACCAAUGAGCCAGAAUCUUUACUAGAUGUUAGUAGAAGACAAAAAGGUAAUAGAUCACUUACCAACAUUUCGGAUGAACUCUUCCACUUUUUCAAAAAGCUAACAGAAAUAUGUUUGUCUCUAUUUAUUGAUUAA